AUGUACUCGCUCCCGGCGACCUCGUCGGCGAGGACCUGCUUCUUCAGGGCGACCCAGUUCGUCCUUGUGUCCUCGCCCCCCAUAGACAUGAACACUGCAAAAGAAUUCCAAGUCAUCCGUAGACUAGGAACAGGCAGCUAUGCAGUCGUCUAUCUCGUCCGUGAAGUCCUCUCCCGCAACCCCGUCAGCGACGAUGGCCACGUCGGCGUCCUUGACCUUGGCCCAACCCCUCCGCCUAUCGUCUACGGCAGGAGUUUUGCUCUCAAGGUCCUCUCAAAGGCCAACCUCGACUCCGCCGCUCUCACAGCACAGCUCACUGAAGUCACCAUUCACCAGAGUCUCUCGCCACAUCCCAACAUCGUCACGCUCCACCGUACCCUCGAGACAGACGCCUUCCUCCUCCUAGUCUUGGAGUACGUCCCCGGCGAGGAUCUCUUUUAUUUUCUCGAGCAGGCACGGGAUCACUAUGCACCCGACGAGAGCACUGAGAGCAAGACCCCUCCUACCCCCUCUCUUCUCGCUACCUUGCAUCCCUCUGCGUUGCUAAGCCACACACGUCUCAGACUCAUCGCAAGCAUGUUCGCCCAAAUGUGCGAUGCAGUCGCCGCAUGUCACGAACAGCGCGUAUUCCAUCGCGAUAUCAAGCCAGAAAACUUUAUCGUUACCGAUGGCUAUGCGCCGGCCUCUUCCUCUUCCGACUGCAUGGAGCGCAAAGUCCUAGUCAAACUAACAGACUUUGGCCUCAGCACAAACGAAUUGGAAAGCGCCGAUAUGGACUGUGGGAGCGCACCUUACAUGAGCUUCGAGUGCCGCAAUAACGUCGCCCCGACCUACAGCCCCGAGCGGAGUGAUGUGUGGAGUCUCGGCAUCGUUUUGAUCAACAUGUUGUACCACUAUAAUCCAUGGACAGACACCUCUGACGGCGCCUGUUCUUCAUUUUCCCUUUUCCGCACGCAUGGCGCCCACUUUUUCAUGCAGCGCUUUACCGGCAUGACUUGGCCUGUUGCCGAGUUCCUCACCCAGCGCGUGUUCGUUCUCCCACCAUUCGACGCCAGCCACAUGCCCAUCACCGCCAGGCAAUUUGGUGCCUGGAUCAAGGACCUGCCCGCACUGCUUUGCGACCGCGAGCCCUCCCACAGAGGCCACAAGCGCGUGCUCAGCACAGCUUCAUCGACGCUCGGACACCCCCUGUCAUCGUGCCCCCCCUCGCGUCGUCCAUCAUCCCGCGCUGCAUUGCGCACGCCGCUCGUAUGCAGUCGGUCAUUGAGCAGGGCUCCAAGCGUGGGUGGUGUGCUUGUUGAAGAGCCAGAGGAUCUAUUGAGAGAGCUGCCACGCGAGGGCCAGGAUGAGCACCUCGACGAGGACGGACGCUCGCGGUCGACCAGGAAACGAGGAAAGCGCGGGUCGCGAAAGGGAGGACCGAAGACCACGACGGACGAGACGCUCCAGACGCUCGCUGUUGCAUCGCAGAGCUUGGCACGGGAGAUCAGUCUGGCAAGUCGGGGCGCGAGCCGUUCGUCAUCGCUCGCUCCUGGUAUCAUAGAUCUGAGCCGAAAUGCAAGCCAUGCAUCGAGUCAAGCGCGUGUAUCUGCUCCUGUGAUCCAGGCGGUGGAGCCCGAAGCGCCUCGGCCUGUCGUAGUCAAGAAGCCAAGCAAGUGGAAGCUGGGUUUCGGAAGCGGAAAGACCGUCGCGGUCACCCCCACGGAAGAACCAACAGCCGGCACCGCCAGCAACGUGACGAACCUCAUCAUGGGGCUCUCCCAACCCUCGCCCCAUCCGCAGUCCAGCAGCCCCUACAGCCAGAAAGCCUCGCCAUACAACUCGCACAGCAGCAUCAAUGUCAACUCCAGCACGAGCGUCAAUGCUGGAUAUACGCCACUCACACGGCAACGUUCCCCGGCAGACGAAGCCAACACAUGGGCACGGGGACGGCGGCCUGGUGCAACGUCCACGUUCAGCACUGCGUUUUCCAACACCGCGCCUCCCACUGUCAACGGAAGCGUGCGAGGUCAUUCCCCACCUGGCAGUGUCCGAAGCAGUAAUUGGCGAAGCUCGAUGAGCAGUGCUAGUACGAGCACGAGCGCAUUCACGCGGUAUAGCAAUUCGAGCGUCAGGAGCGUUUCGACGACUGCUACGAGUGUGAGUAGUGGGAGUUGGAGAGCUGGUGGUCAGGCUCCUCCGCAGAUCCCGAAGAAUAUCAAGAUCAUGAACGGUGUGCCAUGGGAGCUUGACGAGCUUCCGAGGCAGCUGUAUCCGAAUCCAGUGGGUGAUAUAUUCGGGCAGCCUCCUCAGCGUAAACCACGGACGCGCAAGUCGAAGCUGGAUACGAUAAGCGAGAGGCCUGUGCCUUUGAGGGAUGCUGCUACAAGUACGACUGAUUUGGGUGGCGGUGGUGGUGGUGAGGAAGACACUCCGAAGAAGGUGCAGAAGGGCCAGAUCAAUGCGCUGGCGAAGAUGCUCUCUGCUCUGAGGCGUUGA